UUGUCCAUAUUGCGGUAGGGAUUAGCUACUUGCAAAGAAAAAAAAAGGUAAAAAAUAAAGAGAAAAUUACUCACAUUUUUAGUGUACGCUCUGUAGAUUUUGCACUGACUUGGCCUGGUCAGCACCACAACGUUGCCGUUUUGUGCUACUCAGUUUCAAUUUGCAUUCGUUUCCAAGCUAAGAAUGUUAUUUCCUAUAGACUGUGCCUUUCAGUGAUUUGGGUAUCUUGCUCUAAGCUUCACCAUAUCAAGUUGGAGAAAAACAAGGCGUGGUUGCAAGGGCAACAGAUCCAGAGCACUACCUAACAGGACGAUGAGCCUUCCAGGUGAUUAUGGGUUACUUUGUAUUUACUCUUUAUUAAUAAUGGCUGUCCACGUUAUACAGGGACGCAGCUGUCAGAAAAAAAAUAAAGACAAAUCGAAGUCGAAAGUCCAUUAACCCGUCUCUACCUAGAAAAAAAAAAAACAAAAACAAAAUCCUCAUAUGAAUGUUCGUUAAUGAUGAUACGAGAAUACUGAUGUUUACAAAUAACAUAAUAUAUUCACUAUUUUGCACAAUGACUGUACAUGCAUUGGGACACUGAUUGGGUGUUUACCAAUGGCGAAACUCGUGUUCAGCUGGUGAGCACUUUCAAUGAAGUUUUGCUUUGACUCAAAAAGAAUUAAGGACCGGACACACGCAAUAAAAGAGCACACAAUGUAACACGAAACAUUUUUUUUCUCUAGAGAUGGCUACAAGCUGCAAUUUCUGCACAAUCAGCACUGACUCACCGAGCCAGUUAGAAGCCAUAUUUGUAUAACCUGACCAAAAUGGUGACAUCAACAUUAGAAUAAGCCGCAACUGUUUAGUAGCCUGUGUAGCAGGCGUUUCUAAAAAAGCACGUGGAGAGAACGAAACUGCGAGCGAGUGCGUGGCAAAUAAUGCUGGUAGGGUCAGUCCCUUAAUGUUGCAGCUCAAAACUUCAUGGGACGAGGCGAGUGAACAAGAGAAGGAGGUCUGUAUUGACAAGGCUACGGAAGCCUGCAAUCUGGUAUGUGACGUCAUAGCUCCGAAGGCUGGACUGGAACUGUUUCAGUCCUGUGUCACACCAGGAAAAAGACACACACUUCAGUGACCUUGUACUGCUAAUGGAAGCCUACAGUAACGCUAGCACUAAGAACAUGAAGACCCAGAUUCUGAGCCUGUAUGAAUAUCGAUGUCCAGUGAAGACCCUUCAGAGGAUCCAUGAGCCAUACGCUAAGUUAACCGAGUGGCAAAUCUGAUGUCUUAGAGCUCAUGCGCGAGAUUGUGGUCCAGGCUCCUUAGUAGAAACGUCGCCUUCUCGUCGAGUUUGUCUACCCCCGGCGAAACGUCACCAUUUCUUAGACUUUGUGAGUCGCCCAUAUUUCUAUCAAGAUGUGGCGUUCGGUACGAGGAAACUCAGGCUUAACAGCGGCAAAAAGAUCACGAUGCCCAACGUUAUUCGGAAGGUGACAAGGGCAACAAUGGUCAAGCAGUACCUCCAGUUUUGUGAAGAAGAGCAGUUCGAACCACUAAGCCGUGCAACUCUAUUUCGAGUUCUUGAGGUAAGGGAAGCCUCUCAGCAGAAGUCACUUAGUGGCUUGGACAACAUAGCAGCCGAUGGUUCAGUGGGAUUCGAGCGAAUCGACCGAAUAGUAGAUGAGCUUAAUCAAAUAGGCCUGAAGAAGGACGUAGCCGAUUAAUCGAGAAGAUCGCUUCGCGACGGUAAGAGGUACUUCAAAACGGAAUACCAAAGUCACUGCCAAGAUGAUGAAAGUCAAUGCCCCAACCACUGCCGUAAGUUGGGUCUCAGCGAUCCAAAGGAUUCAGAUUUCCAGGAACAUUGAACACACCAACAUACGCUUCGCUGCCCUCAAUGUGACGACAUUACUUUGUGUUUGCAAAAGAUGCACCAAAUUGUCAAGGAUGGCAAAAAUCUGUUUUCACAGCCAGGAGCAACAAGAUGACUUUUUGUACGACAUUGACAAAUCUUCGGAAGCCAUAGUCCAGUGGAAAGCUCACAUAACGAGAUCCGUGAAUCAAAAACACGCGAAGCAAGAUAUCCACGCAAAGCUUGACCAGAGCUCCUGUCUUCUCGUCAUGGAUUGGGCCAUGAAGUUCCUACAGCUUCGCCAUAAAGAGAAAGAAAGUGACUGGUACGGAAAAAGAGGUCUUAGUUGGCAUAUCAGCAGCGUAAAAUUUAGCAGCCACUCUGGCACAACUGAAGUUAUCUCUUACGCGCACUUGUUUGAGCAGUGUACUCAGGACUGGUACGCAGUCACGUCAAACCUUAAAGAACUUUUCAAGCUGCUGAAAGUUAAGAAUUCUGAGCUGCAGAGAGUCUAUCUAAGGUCGGAUGAAGCUCGUUGUUAUCACAAUAGCUCCCUGAUACUCGCUGUGAGAGAUGUUGCAAAGAGAGUUGGCGUUACAGUCCAAAAUUAUCAUUAUUCAGAGCCGCAAUCUGGCAAGGAUAUUUGUGAUCGUAUACUAUGUCCAAUGAAGUCCUCG